AUGUCAGACAUGAGACUGAACUCUUUCGUCCACCUCAGGUUUGAUGUCAGAGAUGCGACUGAACUCUAUUCCACCUCAGGUUUGAUGUCAGAGAUGCGACUGAAGACUGUAUAGGAGCCUGAUGAAGAGAGAGACUGAUGAAGACCUGGCCGUGGCCAAAGGGAAGGCUGUUAAGGCCUCAACUCAUCAUGAACGAAGGUGAACUAUGCUGGAUGUUGGGCUCUGGCUGGUUCUGACUCCAUCUGCCUUCAAAGAGCAUCAUUAAAGCAUCGUGACGACGACGGCGGAGCGUUGUUCAGUAAUUCACGGCAGGCAGCUGCAUCCUGGAGACUCUAAAGAGACUUUAGAUGCAAUGCAGCUUCUUACAUUUACAUUUGAGUCAUUUAGUAGUUAGUGCAUUCUUUACCUCGGCAUGCUCAGACUCCCUGCAGCAACACACUGUAGAGAAAGGAUGCGUCACAAAGGGCGCCCUAUUCCCUAUGUAGUGCACUACUUUUGACCAGGGCAGAAGUAUUUGAUUUCUUUCCACUAAACAGCGUUAUGACACAGAGAGGCGAUUGACAGAAACUCUACAGGAACACACAGGAACUGGGAGAGAUGUGGUGUGCGUUAUCAAGAUUCAAGUUGAACCAUAUAUUUGGAAAGUAUAAUCUGAACCUCAGAAAUAACAUCCUUGUACAGUGGCUUGCGAAAGUAUUCAUCCCCCUUGUCAUUUUUCCUAUUUUGUUGCCUUACAACCUGGAAUUAAAAUAGAUUUUUGGGGGGUUUGUAUCAUUUGAUUUACACAACAUGCCUACCACUUUGAAGAUGAAAAAAAAUAUAUAUUUUUUAAACAGAAAACUUGAGCGUGCAUAACUAUUCACUCCCCCAAAGUGAAUACAUUGUAGAGCCACCUUUUGCAGCAAUUACAGCUGCAAGUCUCUUGGGGUAUGUCUCUAUAAGCUUGGCACAUCUAGCCACUGGGAUUUUUGGCCAUUCUUCAAGGCAAAACUGCUCCAGCUCCUUCAAGUUGGAUGGGUUCCGCUGGUGUACAGCGAUCUUUAAGUCAUACCACAGAUUCUCAAUUGGAUUGAGGUCUGGGCUUUGACUAGGCCAUUCCAAGACAUGUAAAUGUUUCCCCUUAAACCACUCGACUGUUGCUUUAGCAGUAUGCUUAGUGUCAUUGUCCUGCUGGAAGGUGAACCUCCGUCCCAGUCAAUAAUUUCCCUGUAUUUAGCGCUAUCCAUCAUUCCUUCAAUUCUGACCAGUUUCCCAGUCCCUGCUGAUGAAAAACAUCCCCACAGCAUGAUGCUGCCACCACCAUGCUUCACUGUGGGGAUGGUGUUCUCGGGGUGAUGAGAGGUGUUGGGUUUGCGCCAGACAUAGCGUUUUCCUUGAUGGCCAAAAAGCUCAAUUUUAGUCUCAUUUGACCAGAGUAUCUUCUUCCAUAUGUUUGGGGAGUCUCCCACAUGCCUUUUGGCGAACACCAAACGUGUUUGCUUAUUUUUUUCUUUAAGCAAUGGCUUUUUUUCUGGCUACUCUUCCAUUAAGCCCAGCUCUGUGGAGUGUACGGCUUAAAGUGGUCCUAUGGACAGAUACUAAAAUCUCCGCUGUGGAGCUUUGCAGCUCCUUCAGGGUUAUUGAUAUAGAAAUAAAAAUAUAUACAGGUUAAAAGUAAUGACUAAAUGUUCCACCCUUAAAUAUAGCUGUGAAAUGUUCUUGUUUUAAGUAUGAUUAGUACUUUCUUAGUAGUGACUAAUUAUUACACUCUGAAACUGUGUGAGAUGUGUUAGAAUCUACUACCUGGUAAUGUGUGAGUGUAGGACCAGUAAAGAUUGACAUUGUGUUACUAUUUAGCAAUGUGAGUAAGAGUUAGGCCAGACAACAAAGGACAAGGAGAACUGGCUACAGACAACUGAGAAACCAAGAUAAAGAGGCCCCUUCCAGUUUAGGGAGGAGAGAAACCGUUGGGCUUGUUAAGGAGUAUGAGACAUGGUGCAGGAUAUUGGGAGGACGGCUAACUGAGGAAUGCAGCCUAUGUGUGUGUGUACUGAUGGCCAGGAGAGCAGUUUUAAAGUGGAAAACUACAGCCCGCCUACGGGGGGGUGGGAUUUUCGUAUGACGUGUGCGUAUAAAAAUAUUGUACGACCAUUUUGUGUUAGAAUUCUCAAUGAAUAAACAUCUCUGACUAUGCAGACGGGGACUCUGUCCGUUUCUUCAUCCAACCUUUUGGGAGACGCACAGAGACAUUGAAAUAGUUUGUUAAAUAAUUCUUAUAACCGUUAUCUUUGGUCUCUUUGUUGCCUCUGAUUAAUGCCCUCCUUGCCUGGUCUGUGAGUUUUGGUGGGCGGCCUUCUCUUGGCAGGUUUGUUGUGGUGCCAUAUUCUUUCCAUCUUUUAAUAAUGGAUUUAAUGGUGCUCCGUGGGAUGUUCAAAGUUUCAGAUAUUUCUUUAUAACCCAACCCUGAUCUAUACUUCUCUACAAAUUUGUCCCUGACCUGUUUGGAGAGCUCCUUGGUCUUCAUGGUGCCGCUUGCUUGGUGGUGCCCCUUGCUUAGUGGUGUUGCAGACUCUGGGGCCUUUCAGAACAGGUGUAUAUAUACUGAGAUCAUGUGACACUUAAAUAAAGUCCACUUUUCCGUUAUUUAUUUUUUAGGAUUUUUUGAAACAAAUAAAUUUCAUUUCACUUCACCAAUUUUGACUAUUUUGUGUGUCCAUUACAUGUAAUCCAAAUAAAAAUCAAUUUAAAUUACAGGUUGUAAUGCAACAAAAUAGGAAAAACGCCAAGGGGGAUGAAUACUUUUGCAAGGCACUGUGUGUGUAUAUGUAUGUAUGUAUGUAUGUAUGUAUGUAUGUAUGUAUGUAUGUAUGUAUGUAUGAAUGUAUGUAUGUAUGUAUGUAUGUAUGUAGUCCUGUGUAGCUCAGUUGGUAGAGCAUGGCGUUUGCAAUGCCAGGGUUGUGGGUUCGAUUCCCAUGGGGGGCCAGUAUGAUUCUUUUUAGAAAAAAAUGUAUGCACUCACUAACUAAGUCGCUCUGGAUAAGAGCAUCUGCUAAAUGACAAAAAAUAUAUAUAUACACAAAACCGGACAAAAGUUUUAGAACAGUGUGCAAAGCUGUCAUAAAGGCAAAGGGUGGCUAUUUGAAGAAUCUCAUUUGGGACAGCUGUAUGUCAUCCCUGACCCUCACCACUUCCUGCUUCAUUUGGGACAGCCGUAUGUCAUCCCUGACCCUCACCACUUCCUGCUUCAUUUGGGACAGCCGUAUGUCAUCCCUGACCCUCACCACUUCCUGCUUCAUUUGGGACAGCCGUAUGUCAUCCCUGACCCUCACCACUUCCUGCUUCAUUUUGGACAGCCGUAUGUCAUCCCUGACCCUCACCACUUCCUGCUUCAUUUUGGACAGCCGUAUGUCAUCCUGACCCUCACCACUUCCUGCUUCAUUUGGGACAGCCGUAUGUCAUCCCUGACCCUCACCACUUCCUGCUUCAUUUGGGACAGCCGUAUGUCAUCCCUGACCAUCACCACUUCCUGCUUCAUUUGGGACAGCCGUAUGUCAUCCCUGACCCUCACCACUUCCUGCUUCAUUUGGGACAGCCGUAUGUCAUCCCUGACCCUCACCACUUCCUGCUUCAUUUGGGACAGCCGUAUGUCAUCCCUGACCCUCACCACUUCCUGCUUCAUUUGGGACAGCCGUAUGUCAUCCCUGACCCUCACCACUUCCUGCUUCAUUUGGGACAGCCGUAUGUCAUCCCUGACCCUCACCACUUCCUGCUUCAUUUGGGACAGCCGUAUGUCAUCCCUGACCCUCACCACUUCCUGCUUCAUUUGGGACAGCCGUAUGUCAUCCCUGACCCUCACCACUUCCUGCUUCAUUUGGGACAGCCGUAUGUCAUCCCUGACCCUCACCACUUCCUGCUUCAUUUGGGACAGCCGUAUGUCAUCCCUGACCCUCACCACUUCCUGCUUCAUUUGGGACAGCCGUAUGUCAUCCCUGACCCUCACCACCCUUCCCUGCUUCAUUUGGGACAGCCGUAUGUCUCCCUGACCCUCAACCACUUCCUGCUUCAUUUGGGACAGCCGUAUGUCGUCCCUGACCCUCACCACUUCCUGCUUCAUUUGGGACAAGCCGUAUGUCGUCCCUGA